GUUCAGUUAUUGUUUGUUGUGUGUAUUACAAGGGUUUCUGAUGGAGGUUACGAACGAGUUAAUCAGCGACCUUGUACGUGUUCUACUUGGGGGUAAAGAUGACGACAGGGUUUGGAGUUUCACGGCGGUGAAGGACAGAGUUGGCAAAUGCAUACGGUUUAGAGAAGGCGAUGGAGUUGAAGCAACAAAGACAAAAGUCAUUGGUGAACUAAACAUAGAUCGAACGAGUGAAAAGGUGGAGCUAACGUAUGAGAUGCCAGAGUGGAUGGACAUAGACGGAUCAGUUAAACCCGUUCCAAUCCACAUCGUAAUUGACGACAACAUGGGCCUAUUCCUUGCAAUGCGGGUGGAUAUCCAUGAAAUGAAUCUCUAUGUCGUCCCCAUGCCGCUUAACAUGACACUUGAGAUUGACGGGUUCAAGGUAGUGCCUAUCAUGGACGAGUUCUCCUUUGCCGAGGUAAUGAGCAAGGCAGAGAUCGAAAGAGAAAAGAAGCGGCGAGAGGACAAGGAGGCAGUAGACAACAUCAUAUGCACGCAACUUCCACCAGAACAUGUAGCGGACAACGAAAAUGGUUUACUUGGCUGGGUAGGGCAUUCAUACACAUAUGGGGGAUUUGUGAUGCUGUCAGCAGCAUUGAGAAACAACAAAGUUGUAUCCCAAUCGGGACGGGAAAUGAACCCGGAUGGUAGAUCCUCUGCAGAUAAUAACAAUAACUGGGUUACUCGAUUGACGAGAUAUCUAUUCACUAAGUUCGAGAAAGCUGGAAACUCAAGCGAGGAAAGAGGAAGCCAGGCUGAUACACAAAUUCAUGCAACAGGUCUAGGAGAUGUGUCACCGCCUAGAGGUGGGGAUGAACUGUUUGAUGGGCGGGUGUUCAAGAAUAAAGACGACUGUAAAGUCAAGAUCGUCGUACAUGCAAUCAACAGGAAGUUUAGCUUUCGUAGCAACUGCACGACAAAUGACGUGGUCAUUGUUUGGUGCAUCUCUGAUGCUUGCUACUGGAGAAUCUACUAUGUACGGUUAGAAGACACGGAAUACUUCAAAAUCUAGACAAAGAGGGACUGCAACAAGCCGGCUGAUAUUUUAGCAAAGCAGAACAUUCCUAAUAACGCCUCUUUUCAAUCUUACUUCUUUGCUCCUAUUUCUAUUGUACAAGCAUUACAUUGUGAUCACAUUCGUCGUUUCGACAAUUAAAUAAAGAUGAUGUUACAAA